AUGAUUGUUUUAUUUCUGUUAAAAGCUGUGACAACGCAUGGCUUAAGUCCACCAGAUUUCAUCAGUUCUUGGCGUUCUAUAACGGCAUAUUCAAACCCAGAGGUCCUUAUCCAUCACAAUCUUGGGGAGAUGCCAAUGAAAAUUGACGUGCAGGUGCGAGUUAACCAUCCUGUUCACGGACGCAUAACAUUUCUUGCAACUGGGUCUGGACAGACUGGCCCGGAUCUAUCAGCACCAUUCGGAGGAGUUAUCUACCUUUAUAAUUCAAACUCUGUAAAAAUAAUGGCCCCGGGACCAAGUACCUGUGCGUCCCCAUGUCCAGGGGGUGUGGCAUACUUUGGUGGUAAUGGGUUUGCUGGACCAUCAACAUUAAGCGGAGUAAUCCUUACCGGUGAAGUUAAAGUACGUGCUUGGAAAACUUGCACAUUCGCCAAACCAGCGACUAUUUCUUCUGCAUAUCCAAUCAGUAACAAGGACACAGAGAACUAUUAUAAGAUAUCAGUUGGGUUGUCUCCCGAUCUUAUCCUUGCCAAGGUGUUUUUUGAGGACGGAUGGAUAAUGGACGCACAAGGUACCGUCUCCUUCACGGGCGGAUCUAACGUUGGUGGAGUACAAUAUGUGUACGAUGUGACGAAUGUUUACAUCAGAACACCUAGCAACGGUAAAGUGUUUAAUGGCGUGGGGUGGGGGAGUGGAAGCGACAUAGAGUACAAUAAUGGGACUGUCAGGGUCUACACGUGGAGCUUUAUGGACCUGGAGAAUGAUCCUGGUCUGGAGACGGUUCUGUACCCCGGAUCUACCAACCCAAAAUAUCAGCAGCUGACCUACAAUCCCUCCAACGAUUCCGUUAUUCUUAUGGUCCACGCAUCUUCCCGGGAUGUAAAUAAUUACGGUCUGUCAUUCCCCUUGUUGGGAACAGCCAUGACGGAUGGUUCCGGUGUGACUGGGAAGUAUGGGUCCUCGUUCUUCGCCUUUGAUGAUAGUUACCUGUACAUUUGGAGACCAUCCCUCGCUAACGGCUGUGGAACAUUGGUUGGCGGGAAAUGGUCAAAUAAUCUGCGGGACGGUGUGGCUGACUGCUCCCCCUCCCCAGAUAUAUACGUCAAAUUCAUCCAAGCCAACGUGGAAGAACCGCCGUGUGGAGAGAAAGGGUGUUCUGGUACACCCGCCGGACCGUUCUGUGACUGUGGAGGAACUGGGUUUGAGGGACAGUAUUGUACAGUGCCUGUUGAGUGUCCUGUGUUUGUGUUUGGUAAGGACGCAAUAAUGGCUGAGUAUGAGGAUAAAACCUACAGUUAUCUAGAAUGGGCCGAGUUUUCUUGUAUGACGGGUUACGAAUAUAGUUCAGGAUCCCAGAACAGGUCCUGCCUGGCCAACGCCACCUGGAGCGGAGAGCCCUUCACCUGUACCCCGAUUCCUUGCCCUGAUGCUGAGCCUGCCAUUCUGGGGACCUAUAACGGUACCUACAAUAAGUGGUACAGGGAAAAUGUUACUUAUGUGUGUAACGCUGGACACGAUAUUCUCUCCGGGGACUCUGUCAGGACGUGUCAGGCUAACGCAACGUGGAGCGGAACACCUUUGGAAUGCGCCUUGAGUUGUGGUGACCCAGACCCACCACCGGUGAACGCCUACCAGACAAACUUCGGUAAAACUUACGGUGUGGUAGCCACGUUCUCCUGUAAAACUGGACAUGAAUAUGACUCGGGGGACACCGCUAUACUUUGUCAGACAACUGGUUCCUGGAACGGAACGGCUCUUAACUGCAAAAAGGUUCAAUGCGGUUCUCCUGCAAGUGGCACAAACGCAGACAUGGAGGUUUCCGGUACGGCUUAUAAGGACAGAGUCAAGUACGAAUGUCAUCCUGGCUACAAUUUCUACCACCCUUUCUCCGGUACAUACAAGACAGUGGCUUAUCGGGAAUGUACAGCAAACGGAGUCUGGCAAGCUCCACUCAUCUGCAACAAGUUAAACUGUGGCGACCCGGGAACACCACAGAAUGCAGUUUUUGAUCAUCUGAACAGUGACGUUGGGAACCAUGAAUUUACAUCCGUCCAAUCAUACACUUGUUACCAGGGAUACGGGCUAAUAACCGGAAGUCUGCAGAUUGAAUGUACACAACAUGGCAACUGGAGUAAUACACCACCUUCUUGUGAAAUCAAAAAAUGUACGCAUUUUGGUAAUGUUACGGAUGGAAACGUGUAUUAUCAAGGAUUGGAGUACUUAAACUAUGCGGUAACCGUUUGCAAUCCAGGAUACGCCAUAGCGUCCGGAAAUGCUACGCGCAUGUGUAAUGAAAACGGUGACUGGACAGGAUCUUUAGCAGUUUGUCAACAAAUUCAGACUAUGCGAUUCGUAAGCCCGGAUGAUUUCAACUUUACAUUGCCAAGCUUAGAUGAAUUAAACAAGCUUCAAAAUGGAAUUAAAGUUGAAUGGAAAAGCACCUCAUCUUAUCAAAGAACUCUGAAUUCCCAGGAAGAUACAAGAACCAGCGCAAGGAUAAUCGGCAUAUCGGGGCUUCUUAUUGUGUUGGGAAUAUGUACAUAUAUCUGCUCCCUAGACUUCAUAAAGCACGUAAGAGUACAUGGGAAAGUGAAAGUGACACAAGGCAUGAAGCAAAACCCAGAUGUUCUGGUUGAUAAUGGAACCAGCGACAAGUACGCACAGAAAGGCGGACAAAAGGGGAAGAGGCGCAGUGCUGGAGUAUACUCGGUCGAUGACGUAGAGCAUAUGUACGCCUAAAAAACCAAAAAAAGGAAAAAUUUAAGAAACAAAUCUAUUUUUUCACGUAUCUAUUUUUAUUGGCAUUCUUGAACAGCAAUCAAGAACGAGAACUCCUUACAUGCAUGUAUAUUUUGUAACAUUUUUUUUCAUUGAGAUUGGUUUUCUCAGCUUAUAUUUUAUCAAGAGCAAAAUUUUGUUUAAUUCAUCAUGAUUUCUCCGCUUUGCCAGUCGAAUUAUUUGUUUGAGGCAUUUAGAAACAUAUACCAUUCUCUUUGAUACUUUUUUUUUACUGAUUUUUUUUAUUGUUCACAAGAAAGUUAAAUUAUUAAAAUGAAACUGUUCUAUUUUGAUCCUAAGGAUAAGGUUAUCUGUAUCGAAAUUGACUAAGCUGUAUGUCUAGACUGAAUUCCUCUCUGUUGAAGGCAUUAGUCCAAAACAUCCUGCAAAGGUUUUGAGAAAGAGUAGCUGUUUUUUGCACUUGUAUGUCAUUGUGUUCCCUUUAACUGCCUGAUUCUCUGUAUGAAUUAUUCAAUGUCAUCCUUGAAUUAUUUUAUUAAAUAAAGAGGUUUUUAAGUAUA